CAGGAGGCGAACCGAUUUUCAGAGACAUAAGGAGGUAUUAGUGCGAGUAUUGUGGGAUCUGUAGAUCCAAGAAGGCUCUGCUUGCUUCUCAUGUCGUAGCUCAGCACAAGGAUGAGGUGGAAAGGGUGGUGAGGAAGUAGAGGUGGAGAAGAGUAAUGUAUGUGAAGAAUGCGGUGCUAGUUUCAAGAAGCCUGCAUAUCUGAAGCAUCAUAUGCAGAGUCAUUCUCUUGAGGAAUUGAUAUAUGUAGAAACAAUACCGUUUGGGUUGCGUGAAGCAUUGGGUCCCACCAGAGAACUCCAAAAUGCGAGAGGGUAUGGACUUGUACCAGGGGGGAGACUUCCUGUGAAGCUCCAUCAAGCGAACCUCAAUCACGCAGUGUUAUUAUUGAGCUUUGAAUGCUUGUUCAUGUGUGCUCUGCAAUUAUGAUUGCAUGUUUAGGCCAUAUGUCUGCACAAUCGAUGAUUGCCGUUCUACUUAUAGAAGAAAGGACCAUCUGAACCGUCACCUUCUUCAGCAUCAGGGAAAGCUUUUUAAGUGUCCAAUUGAGAAGUGUAAGAGUGAAUUUGCUUUUCAAGGUAACAUGAAGAGGCAUGUUGUAGAAUUUCACAGUGAGGAUUGUCAUUCUACUGGCAUUCAAGGUCAGAAACAGCAUGUCUGCCAGGAACCUGGUUGUGGAAAGGUGUUCCAAUUCGCUUUGAAGCUGCGGAAGCACGAGGAUUCUCAUGUUAAGCUGGACUCAGUGGAGGCCUUCUGCUCUGAACCAGACUGUAUGAAAUAUUUCUCUAACAAGCAAUGCCUUCAGGACCAUAUCCAGUCCUGCCACACUCGUAUCACCUGCGGAAUAUGUAAGAGGAAUGUGUGGAAAAAGAACAUCAAAGGUCAUCUCCGUACUCAUGAAGAGGGAGCCUCUUCAUUGGAAAUAAAAUGUGAUUCAGCUUGUCUUCACACGUUUUCUACAAAUUCAAAUCUUCUCCAGCAUGUGAAGGCUGUACACCUCCAACAGAAACCCUUCACUUGUAGCUACUCAGGCUGUAGCAAGACAUUCUCAUACAAGCACAUACGAGAUAAGCAUGAGAAGUCUGAUUGUCAUGUAUACGCCUGUGGGAAUUUUGAAGAGUCUGACCAGCAAUUCCUGUCAAGGCCAAGGGGUCGGCGAAAGAGGAUGUGUCCGACAGUAGAAAUGCUUGUACGUAAAAGGGUUACGCCACUGGACCAAUCUGGCCUAGAGACUGAGUUCCUCUUCCAGUUCUUCUCACAAGAAGAGGAAGACGAACAGUGAGUCACAGCCUACCGACUGUAAUGGUUAAUAGGACUGCCCGUCUUCCCCCACUAUAACCUUAGGAAAUUUUUUAUUUAUAUUUUUUUUAUCAAACCUUAGGACGUUGGGUAUUUGAGUGUCUAACUAGUUAUCAAUAGCUGCUUAUUGUAAAUAUUACAAAGUGGAUUCCCCUGGGUUCUGUGAUUUUGUACAUCAAAUUUUGCUUAUUGAAGCUGGAAUAUACUACUAUGCUAUGAUAUAG